AUGGCUUCCCAGCCCUUGACAUCCGCGCCACCCACAAACACCAAGCCCGCCCCAGCAUCGAGGAAGCGCAAGUCCGAUGCCGUCGCGGAGCCGGAAGCCUUACCCGAAAUCGAUGACGACGACCCCCGCCUGCAAGAGGUAGACCAGAGCUGCCAACAGGUUCGCGCAAAGGUGAGGCGAUUCCUCGACUCGGGCGCAAUGAAAGUUGGCGAAUUCCAAGCCGCCAUUGAUGUUGGCUCGGUCCAGUAUUAUCGCUUCAUGAAACUGAAUGGUAAAGAUGCUGGGUUUGGAAGUGAUAUGUAUUACAAAGCAUGGAGAUUCUUCAAGAAGAGAGAGCUUCAGGGAAUAAAAGGCACAGGGGCAAAGAAAGCCAAGACAGCCACCACCAGAGCCGCAGGCAAGACGUCUGAAACUCUUAAUGUCAGCGAAGUUACGCUCGAUGGCGAGGACACAGGCAAAGUUCCUGUCUUCGACACUUGCGACGAGGUGCGCAAGAAGAUACGCGCCUUUUUGCGAAAAGACGACGUUACCCAAGCCGCAUUUCUGCGGGAGCUGGCCAAGUGUUUCCCGGAAGAGCGCAAAGUGCAAUCCAAGCAACUCAAUGACUUCCUGUCUAAAAAGGGCCCACUGGAUGGCAACACUAGUUGUGUCUUCUAUAGCAGCUAUGUUUUCUUUGAGAAACUCCGGAUCAAGGGCGAUAAGCCGAAGAGUGCUCACCGGCUUGAGAUGGAAAAGGUGCAUCCAAAGUCCGGAGUUGACGUAGAGAUACCACAAAAUCGUCCCAUGUGGCUUGCGGGCGACGAACAUGCUUAUACGGACAAGUAUGGAAGAGUUCACAUCGUCAGUGGGAAAGGUAGAGACACGACCAUCUAA